UUCCCCCAGAGAUCAGAUGCAGCAUCAUUUUUUUAAUUUAGUUUCAAAUUUUUUAACACUGUGACUUUCAAAGUGUUUUAAAUUCUAAAUAAUUAAUUUAUUUGGAAUUUAUUUUUUGGUCCACCUGUAAUCUGGAGUCACAACAAAUUCAAGUAUAUUUCAUUUGACAGAUGACAGAUGUUAGAAACUGUCAGUUCGUGAUGUGUAAUCAGUGAUUGAUAAAUAACGCUAUUUAAAUGUGAUAAAUCUCACUGUUUUUGAUAGUGUGUUAAAUAUGUUCAGCCGUUUUAAAAAUGCAGUUAUAGGUGCUGUGAGUGGUUUAGAGACAAACGGUAUACCAGCCCCCAACGACCCCCAUUCCCAUAACAAACAAACUUUGGCCCCUAAAUUUUUGUACGGCCGUCCUGCUUUUUUGAAUUUGUCUGAAGAUGAAGUGCAAAUGUCGGCCGACCACAGACUUAGGCCUAUCAUUCACCCUAGUAUGCCUCUGCCCCACCAUGCGGGGUACGCAGAGUGUGUCAACGCAGGGAAGUCCAAGUGGAACGAGGAUCAGGCGGUGUACAGGCAAGGUGUCUUGACAAGGGUAGAAUAUAAUGAUAAGCAAGGCGUUCAAAAAUUUUCCAUCCCCUAUACUUAUUAUGGCAUUUUUGAUGGCCAUGCUGGAGUUGGGGCAGCUCUGUGUGCUUCAAAUCAGCUCCAUCAUAUUUUACAUGAAAAGUUGGUUGAUGCCCAAGAUGACAUUUGGAUAGCUUUCAGUGAAAAAAAGAAGCUCAAAUCCAAACCUAGUGACUUACUUAUAACAGGUGCUUUAGAAGCUGCUUUCAAAGAAAUGGAUCAAGUUAUAGCCGAGGAUAGGACUAAAUAUCAAGCUGCUGGUGGUUGUACAGCAUUAGUAGCCCUAUUUAUUUUAGAUAAAUUAUUUGUUGCAAAUGCAGGCGAUUCUCGCGCUAUUAUUUGUAAAGAUACUAAAUUUACACUAAUGUCUAUGGAUUUUACUCCAGAAAAUGAACGUGACAGAAUUAGAAGGCUUGCAGAACAACAACCGAGUUUAUUAGGCCAAGAGUUUACAUCAAAAGAAUAUGUUCGUCCUCCCAAAUCUAGCGAACUUGGUAAGACAAUAAUGUAUAGAGACGCUCAUAUGUGCGGUUGGGCCUACAAGACCCUCCAAGUGGAUGAUCUCAAAGGGUCGGUUAUAACCGGUCAAGGGAAAAGAAGUCGAGUGAUGGGGAUUAUAGGAGUGACCCGAGGUUUCGGUGAUCAUGAUAUUGUUUCUCUUUAUCAAAGAACUCCGAUAAAACCGUUCCUUUCGUCGCAUCCCGAAGUGCAAGUUCACAAAAUAACGAACGUUACCGAAAAUGAGGUCCUAGUGAUGGGCACUGAUGGAUUAUGGGACGUUGUGUGUGGUGCGAAAGCAGCAGAAGUCGUUGCAAAAUCGUUAAAUACUUUUAUGGAAAAAGAACGUUACGUUAGUGCUGCUACUUGUUUAGUCGGGUCGGCGAGAGGGUCACUAGUGAGUGAGCAUAGUUGGCAACUUAAAGACGGAAAACCAUCCUCCGCUGAUGAUAUAUCAGUAUUUGUUAUACCUUUAUUACCUUAUAAAUUAGAAUAUGAAAAAUUACUUGGAAAGUAUAGCGAAACCACUGAAAAUUGAUUGAUUUUUGUGUUGCUUCGUCACUCCAAAGAUUAGUGAUACGCAUACGAGUCAUUAUUAUAUUUGAAGUUUUCAUAUCUUGUUACAUGGUUUGUACCUGUGCGGUUUUAUAUUAUAGAUCAAGGUCGCAUGUAUUUGGACCUUAACCAUUCAUUCCUUAUAUUUUGUACCCGAUUGGGAAACGUUUGCAAUAGAAAUGAUACAAAAAGUU